AUGGAGGUGACCUGCCUUCUACUUCUGGCGCUGAUCCCCUUCCACUGCCGGGGACAAGGAGUCUACGCUCCAGCCCAGGCUCAGAUCGUGCACGCGGGCCAGGCAUGUGUGGUGAAAGAGGACAACAUCAGUGAGCGCGUCUACACCAUCCGGGAGGGGGACACCCUUGUGCUGCAGUGCCUCGUCACUGGGCACCCUCGGCCCCAGGUGCGUUGGACUAAGACAGCUGGGAGCGCUUCGGACAAAUUCCAGGAGACGUCGGUGUUCAAUGAGACGCUUCGCAUCGAGCGCAUUGCACGCACGCAGGGUGGCCGCUACUACUGCAAGGCUGAGAACGGUGUGGGCGUACCCGCCAUCAAGUCCAUCCGGGUGGACGUGCAGUACCUGGACGAGCCAGUAUUGACGGUGCACCAGACGGUGAGCGAUGUCCGAGGCAACUUCUACCAGGAGAAGACGGUGUUCCUGCGCUGUACGGUCAACUCCAACCCACCUGCCCGUUUCAUCUGGAAGCGGGGCUCCGACACCCUGUCUCACAGCCAGGACAAUGGGGUUGACAUCUAUGAGCCCCUCUACACCCAGGGGGAGACCAAGGUCCUGAAGCUGAAGAAUCUGCGGCCCCAGGACUAUGCCAGCUACACCUGCCAGGUGUCUGUACGAAACGUGUGCGGCAUCCCGGACAAGGCUGUCACCUUCCAGCUCACCAACACCACGGGAUGGUUUCUCCUGGGGAAUGGGGUUGUAGACCCCGACCUCCAGGAAGGCCAGUUGGAGGCGAGAAGCCGCAUCUGGAUGGUGGUGGUGAGACAGGGAAUCCUGGCUUUGGGCCAGCCCCAGCCACCCUUCCCUCCCCUUCCACCCACAGCCAUGAAGAACGCCACAUUCCAGAUCACCCCAGAUGUGAUCAAAGAGAGUGAGAACAUACAGCUGGGCCAGGAUCUGAAGCUGUCAUGCCACGUGGAUGCCGUGCCCCAGGAGAAGGUGACCUACCAGUGGUUCAAGAACGGCAAGCCAGCACGCAUGUCCAAGAGGCUGCUGGUGACUCGCAAUGACCCUGAGUUGCCUGCCGUCACCAGCAGCCUAGAGCUCAUUGACCUGCACUUCAGUGACUACGGAACCUACCUGUGUGUGGCUUCCUUCCCGGGGGCACCUGUGCCCGACCUGAGUGUCGAGGUCAACAUCUCCUCUGAGACAGUGCCGCCCACCAUCAGCGUGCCCAAGGGCAGGGCCGUGGUGACUGUGCGCGAGGGCUCACCUGCUGAGCUGCAGUGCGAAGUGCGAGGCAAGCCGCGGCCGCCUGUGCUGUGGUCCCGCGUGGACAAGGAGGCCGCGUUGCUGCCGUCGGGGCUGCCCUUGGAGGAGACCUCGGAUGGGAAGCUGCGGCUGGAGCGCGUGAGCCGCGACAUGAGUGGGACCUACCGCUGCCAGACCGCUCGCUAUAAUGGCUUCAACGUGCGCCCGCGCGAGGCCCAGGUGCAGCUGAACGUCCAGUUCCCGCCGGAGGUGGAGCCCGGCUCCCAGGACGUGCGCCAGGCGCUGGGCCGGCCGGUGCUCCUGCGCUGCUCGCUGCUUCGAGGCAGCCCCCAGCGCAUCGCCUCGGCUGUGUGGCGCUUCAAGGGGCAGCUGCUGCCUCCGCCUCCUGCCGUCCCCGUCGCCGCCGAGGCCCCCGACCACUCCGAGCUACGCCUCGACGCCGUCACCCGCGAGAGCAGUGGCAGCUACGAGUGCAGCGUCUCCAACGACGUGGGCUCGGCCGCCUGCCUGUUCCAGGUCUCGGCCAAAGCCUACAGCCCGGAGUUUUACUUCGACACCCCCAACCCCACCCGCAGCCACAAGCUGUCCAAGAACUACUCCUACGUGCUGCAGUGGACCCAGAGGGAGCCUGACGCUGUCGACCCCGUGCUCAACUACAGACUCAGUGUCCGCCAGUUGAAUCAGCACAACGCCCUGGUGAAGGCCAUCCCAGUGCGGCGUGUGGAGAAGGGGCAGCUGCUGGAGUACAUCCUGACCGACCUCCGAGUGCCCCACAGCUACGAGGUCCGCCUCACGCCCUACACCACUUUUGGGGCUGGAGAUAUGGCCUCCCGCAUCAUCCACUACACGGAGCCCAUCAGCUCUCCCAGUUUGUCAGGUGAGAUACCCCUGCCUACUUCUCCUUACCGUUAGGGUCACAAAGGUUCCCCUGGCGGGGAGGAAGGGGCCCCCAAGAGAUACCCAGAGAGAAAAUAGUGUGGAGGCCCACCUUUGGCAGGAGAAGCAGGAGGGAGCAGGGCUGGGCUUGGAGAUAAUUGCAUGCAGGCUUUAUUCUGGGGCUUAAAGGCUUGAAGGGAGGGUGGAGUCAAGAGGACAUCUCUAACUCAGGGUCUUUGUCCUCACUUAGCACCAUUCACUGUCCCCAAAAGAAAAAUGGAAAGAUCAGGUUAAUCCACCUUCUCUGUUCCCUGGGGCAGGGGUCCUUAAUCUGAGAUCCAUGGACUUACUGCCCCCCAAAUGAUCAGGGUGGGCCCAUGAAACUGGAACCUGGAAGGGCCUACAAGUACUUCUUUAUU